AUGAUACACGUCUAUCUCCCCCUGCUGGCAGGUGCCUUCCUCAUUCAUGAGACUACGGCUUCAACAGCAGCCGGUCCCGCAGCCUGCGCCAACAUCACCACCCAGCUAGGCUCUUCAAAGGUGGUCAGCAGCCAGCUCAACCUCCAGUAUAUCGAGAGUCUAGAGUACUGGAACACUAUUCAAGAUGCCUACAAACCCUCAUGCGUGGUCUAUCCAACCUCUGCGCAAGACGUCUCCACGGCGCUACAAGCUAUCCGCGCCGCAGACAGUCGCUUCGCCAUCAAAGCCGGCGGCCACAAUCCAAACACCUUCUUCUCCUCCGUCGACGCAGGCGUACUCCUCGAUAUGAGCCAUAUGACAGCUAAAUCCUACGAUCCCGAAACAACCCUCGCCACGUACGAACCCGGCGGUGUCUUCGGCGAUCUAUACGACUACUACGUCCAGUAUAACCGCACCGUCGUCGGCGCCCGUCUCGCCGGCGUAGGCACCGGCCUCGCUCUCGGCGGCGGCAUGAGCUAUCUCUCGCCGCAGUACGGUCUCGCCUGCGAUUCCUUCCGGGAACUAGAAAUCGUCCUGCCCAGCGGCGAGAUCGUCACCGCAUCAGAAUCCUCCCAUCCAGAUCUCUUCUUCGCCUCCCGCGGCGGCGGCGGCAAUGCCUACGGCGUAGUCACAAAGUAUACCGUACAAAGUCGGCCCAUCGGCGAACUAUACGCUGGAAAUAUCAUCUACACCUUCCCGCAGAAAGACACCGUCAUCGAGGCUAUCGGCAACUUCAUCAAAUACAACACCGACCCUAAGGCAGCUAUCAUCGGCACAUACGAGAAACUCCCAACGCCGGACUUGAAUCUCAACCUCGACGAAGCAAUCAUCAUGUUCCUCGUCUACGACGGGCCUGAUCCAGGCAACGCCUUUGCCAAUUUCACCUCCAUCCCGCACCUGCUCAACACACUCAGUAUCAAAACGUAUCCAGAGGUAGUUAACAUGCCCAUCCCACUCUCCACCGAACUCUCCCGCGGCGCAAACAUCUUCCGCGUCGGCGUGCACCGCCCCGAAAACAACUCCUACGCCAACGCCCUCGAUAAAUGGCGCGACUGGGCCGAAUCCAACAAGGGCAAAUACAUCCUGCUCUCGUUGGACUUCCAGCCCGUGCCGCGCAGUUUGACGGACGCGAGUAAGGCGCAGGGCGGGAAUGCGAUGCAGAUGCCGGACGGGCCAUGGUUUUGGUUGAAUUAUUUGAUUAGUACGCCUCCUGGUAUGAGUGACGCGGAUUAUAAUGCUGUGCAGGCGAGUUAUAGGGAUCUGGUGGUUGAAAGUGGGAAUGCGGAGGGGUUGCCGCUUUUUAUUAAUGAUGCCAAUGUGGAUCAGGAGCCGUUGAGGUCGUUUGGGACAUUUGAGAGGUUGAGGGGGAUUAAGAAGAAGUAUGAUCCAGAUAAUUUCUUUGGGGAGAAGACCGGGGGUUGGUCGUUUGAGUGA